AGGCGGAAACCUGCUGGGUCAGUGGAAGAAAAGCCUCUCCUUAUAAAUUUGUCAAUGCAUGUGUACUAUUCUCAAGAUAUUGCAGAAGAAGAAGAAGAAGAAGAAGAGUAUUUUGCGAGAGCAGCGAAAGAAUAUGAAACUUUUUGCAGGUGGCGUAGAAAUGGAUACUGUUGCGACCCCUUGAAGGACUGCGUUUGCACAGUUGUUUUCCCCUACUGAAGAAGAAGACGACGACGACGACGACGACUCUGACCUGUCCUGUGGAUUUAUAUCUCAGAACAAUUAUAAGUGUAACAUUUACACUUUGCUUUGGGUCGUUUUGAGCGUCCACAAACUUCACUGCACUCCAGCAUCCUUCCUCCACUCCAAGAUGACAGAGCGGAUCCCAUGGUGGAAGGCAUUCCUGCCCAAGAAGAAGACUGGAGGUCCCAGGGACACUGCCCACACCCUGGACCAGGACUUUGACCCCUUUGCACAGCAGCCCGAGAAGCAGAAAGACCCGGCAGGAGACCAGUCCCAACAAGAGUCCAACCAAGACUCCAGCAUCCUCAGCGAUGAACGCUACGAUGACUCCUGCCUGGAGUCGGUCUUCAACGAGCAGACAUGUCGCAGGAAAAUGAAGGUGUCACGCUCGGGUCGAUUUAAGGAGAAGCGGAGGGUGCGCUCGAGCCUUCCCAUACAGGACAAUGAGACAUAGAAAAGUGUCAUCAAAGAGAGGGGUGACGGUGAGGAAGGAAUCAAAGACUGCUGUAUAAAAGAAGCUUGAAGGAAAGGAGAAGGCUUUGAGUUUUAUGAAGAUGCUUGAGGCAGCCUAAAAGGUCUGCUGUAUGUUGGUUACCGGGCGAGGAGCAUUCAACUUUCAGCCCCAAACUGCAGAAAGGAAGUUAUUUGGUGUAUUACAUUUUGGAAAUUAGGACAUUUUGCUGACUGACUUAUGCGAGAAGGCCAUAGAAACUAUGAUAUGUGACUUGAAAUGGAUCAUAUUUGUUUUUCAUGAUGGUUAUCGAACCAUUUCAUCAACAAAAUCGAAUAAUCAAAGCCCAAAAAAGGAAAUAUAAUCAAAUUGAUGUAGGCACUUAAGAGCUUGAUAUGCAGUUUAUGUCCCACAGUGUCACAUUUCCAGGCAUGACAAUGUUAUCAUUGAACAAUCGUACAAACUUCUAAGAAAGCACAUUCCUCAAAUCCAAUUUUCUGUCAAUUCUGAAGUGUAAUAUGUUAAAGGAAAAGAAUAUUGUUUAUAAAAUGUUAACAUUAUUUCUGUGAUGCAAAUAAUAUAUGUUUGAUAAUGAAGGAGAAGUAUAAUGUUCCUUUUGGAAAAUAUGUUGAUUCUAAAGGGUUAGAAGGAUGUUUAUGAAAAAUGAUUUUAUAAUUAUGUGUGACACACAAAAUCAUUAAGUAGAAGAAAUGAUGCGAUGCUUGUGAGCCGCCUUUAAUCAGAUGCACAACACUUGCAAGGGAAAUGCAUAAAAUAUGUUUAAUGAAGGAUAAAAUCCAGCAUGUCGAAUGACAUCUUGCGUCCAAAACAAAGUACCGACUAUGAAGUCAGAAGCUAACAUUGUGAUAUCCAUGUGAAUGAGAUAUAUGGCCGUGUAGCUAAAGAAGUAUGGUCCAGGUGUAGUUUGCUCUGCAGAAUAACUGUAUCUUGGAUCAAAUGUGAAAACUUAAAUGAAGGUAAAAUAUGAGAAAUAAAUCUGAUAACUGCG